UGCGCGUGCUUUCCAGAUUCUUGUGCUCGCGCGUACGUCUUUAGCUAGGAAGGCCCCAGAAUGACUGCGGCAACGAGCACACAGUGAUCACCUGCGUACACUGACACACUGACAUACUGGAUAUACCGUGACAGUGAUAUCGUUUUUGCUAUUUGGAUAUAUGGGGAGCGUGGAAUAGAAACAUAUAACGCUGGUUCCCUGGCUAAACCAGCCGUGGUAUCACCGUGUUUUAAAGCUACUGACAGGUUGCUUUCUGUUGGUAGCUCCUUAUUGGUUUGCAAUGGGCCAGUGAAUUGAGGAGUGUUUGAGAUGAUAAAAUAAGACGGCAGGACCAUGGGGCAAAGGAAGAAAGCAUGUCCCCGUUUGAUGGAUUAUCUGGUGAUAGUUGGUGCAAGACAGCCAAGCAGUGACAGUGUUGCACAGACCCCUGAGCUUCUCCGCCGUUAUCCUCUUGAGGAUUACCCUGAAUUUCCCCUGCCUCCUGAUGUGGUGUUUUUCUGUCAGCCUGAGGGAUGCCUGAGUGUGCGUCAGAAACGCAUGAGUUUACGUGAUGAUACCUCUUUUGUCUUCACACUCACUGACAAGGAUAGCUGCCUCAUCCGAUACGGAAUCUGUGUCAACUUCUACCGCUCCUUUCAGAAACGCAUACCAAAGGAUAGGAUCCGAAAGCCGCCUAAGACAACCUCAGAAAAUGGCUCUGAGGGUUCUGAUGGAGGGCAUUCUCUGCAGCCCCCAAGUGCUGAUUCUACCCCUGAUGUCAAUCAGUCCCCUCGUGGGAAACGUCUCUCAAAAGGGGCUCAGAGAUCCAGAAACAGUACCUUGACUUCAUUAUGUAUCAUCAGCCAUUACCCUUUCUUUUCCACUUUUCGUGAAUGUUUAUACACUCUGAAGAGGCUAGUUGAUGGCUGUAGCGAAAGACUCGUCAGCAAGAAGGCCGGGAUAACGAAAGGAAUACAGAGAGAUACCAUAUGGAGAAUCUUUACGGGGGCACUGCAGCUGGAAGAGAAGUCUAAUGUUCUGUUACAUGAUCUGCGUGAGAUAGAAGCUUGGAUCUACCGCUUACUGCGCUCCCCCACACCAGUUCCAGGCCAGAAGCGGGUAGAUGUAGAAGUCCUGCCUUUGGACUUGCAGCCACCACUAACCUUCGCCCUUCCCGAGGCCUCUCGAUUCUCCCUUGUAGAUUUUCCCCUGCAUCUUCCUCUUGAACUUUUGGGAGUGGAAGCCUGUUUGCAGGUUCUGUCCUGCAUUAUGCUUGAGCACAAGGUGGUCCUGCAGUCUCGUGAUUACAAUGCUUUGUCUAUGUCGGUCAUGGCAUUUGUGGCUAUGAUUUACCCACUGGAAUACAUGUUCCCAGUCAUUCCGCUGCUGCCCACAUGUAUGGCAUCUGCAGAGCAGCUCCUCUUGGCCCCAACUCCGUACAUCAUUGGAGUUCCUGCCAGCUUCUUCCUUUACAAAUCGGACUUCAGAAUGCCAGAUGAUGUGUGGCUAGUGGAUCUGGACACUAAUAAGGUUAUCAUCCCCAGCAAUGCCGAUCUGCUGCCUGUAUUGCCAGAACCAGAGGCUUCAGAGCUAAAGAAGCAUCUCAAGCAGGCUUUGGCCAGCAUGAGUCUGAACACGCAGCCCAUUCUUAAUCUGGACCGAUUCCAUGAGGGAUCUGAGACUGCACUGCUCAGAGGCCCAAAUGAUGCACAAGGCACUCCGUCUACAGAGUUCAACCCCCUUAUAUAUGGCAAUGAUGUUGAUUCUGUAGACGUAGCAACAAGAGUUGCAAUGGUACGGUUCUUCAACUCCCCAAACAUGCUGCAGGGUUUUCAGAUGCACACUCGCACUUUACGUCUUUUUCCUCGUCCUGUUGUGGCAUUCCAGUCUUCUUCCUUUUUGGCAUCACGCCCCAAGGCUUCCUCCUUUUCUGAAAAGCUUUCCAAGACACAAGCUGUAGAGUACUUCGGAGAGUGGUCCCUGAAUCCUACCAAUUUUGCCUUUCAAAGAAUACAUAACAACAUGUUUGAUCCCGCAUUAAUUGGGGAUAAGCCCAAGUGGUAUGCUCACCAGCUGCAGCCCAUUCAUUACCGUGUCUAUGAUGCCAACUCGCAGCUUGCUGAAGCUCUGAGUGUUCCACCAGAAAGGGAUAGUGACUCAGAUCCUACGGAUGACAGUGGGAGUGACAGUGUGGAAUAUGACGACUCCAGCUCGUCUUAUUCAUCCCUCGGAGACUUUGUCAGUGAGAUGAUGAAGUGUGACAUUAAUGGUGAUACCCCAAAUGUGGACCCCCUGACACAUGCUGCAUUGGGAGACGCUAGUGAGGUAGAGUUUGAUGACUUUCAGGAGUACACAGGCGUAUUAGAGGAAACCGCUCUUGACAGUGAUUACUCUCAGGAUAACAAUCAGCCUCGCUCUGGAUCCAGCACAACUGCCAGCAGCAGCCCCAGCACUGUCAUCCAUGGAGCAAACACUGAAUCGGCUGACUCUGCAGAGCCCGAUGACAAGGUUUUAGGAGUAUUACAAAAUCACCUCCCCACUCUGGCGCCCACAUUUAGCAGGCUUGUCAUGGAUAGACGUGAGAGCGAGUCAUCUGUAUCAAGCGCAGAUUCACGGAGAAGGGAGUAUGACAACCCUUACUUUGAGCCUCAAUAUGGAUUUCCACCAGAAGAAGAAAAUGAAGAGCGAGAAGAAAGCUACACUCCCAUGUUUAACCAGAACAUGAACGGUAGUCGCUCCCAAAAGCCUUUACUCCGACCCAAUAGCCUGAAAUUGGCAAGUGAUUCUGAUGCAGAGACAGAUUCCAGAGGGAGUUCACCCACUUCAACAGUGUCCAACAAUAGUAGCAAUAAUGAUGGAUUUGGGAGCAUCAUGUCUUUUGCCAGUAACCUCUACAAAAGUCACAGCAGUACCUUCAGUUUGUCAAACCUGACACUUCCAAACAAGAGUGGACGAGAUAAGGCAACCCCCUUCCCUAGUCUAAAAGCAAGUAACAGACGUGCACUCGUGGACCAGAAAUCUUCAGUUAUCAAGCACAGCCCAACAGUCAAACGGGAAUCUCCCUCCCCUCAGGGCAGAUCAAACAACUCCAGCGAGAACCAGCAAUUUCUAAAGGAAGUUGCGCUGAGUGUCCUGGAGGGGCAGGGAGUAGGCUGGCUAAACAUGAAGAAGGUGCGACGGCUGUUAGAGAGUGAACAGCUGCGAGUUUUCGUGCUGAGCAAAUUGAACAGGGCUAUUCAAACCGAGGAGGACGCACGGAAUGAUAUCAUCCAGGAAGUGGAAAUAAGCAAAAAAGUCUACAAGGGCAUGCUUGAUCUGCUGAAAUGCACUGUGUCCAGCCUAGAGCAAUCCUACGCCAACGCUGGACUGGGAGGCAUGGCUAGCAUCUUCAGUCUGCUGGAAAUAGCUCAUACACAUUAUUACAGCAAAGAACCUGAAAAAAGGAAGCACAGUCCUUCAGCAGAUGGAGCUGUUACUCCUGUAUCUAGGGAUGCUGUUCCUUCCCAAAGGGUUGAAUCUCGACCUGCCCCCCAGCUACCCACCCAACAGCUGUUACCCCGCCCAUCAGGCCCAGUUGGCAAAGGGGCAAGAGAAUUUGAUACCCGAAGUCUUAAAGAAGAGAAUUUUGUGGCAUCCAUUGAAUUGUGGAACACGCACCGAGAAGUGAAAAAACAAAAAGCUAUGGAUAAACAGAGUUCAGAGAACCCCAAAACUUCUUUUUUCGACAGAGGAGAAACUGAAGAAAAGAAAUCUCAGAUCAGCGCAGACAGCGGGCUAAGUGUAACAUCCGAAUCUCAGCGGAGUGAUUUUGAUGGUGUCAAUACAGGACCAGCUAUCUUGAUCCGAAGCAGCAGCCAGGACUCGGAAAUCAGCACAGUGGUGAGUAACAGCUCAGGCGAGACUUUGGGAGCAGAUAGUGAUCUGAGCAGCAAUGCAGGAGACCCCCUGGGAGGAGCAGGUGGGGGGCAACUCUCAGGAUCCAGUGGGGCUCUGUCUGACAGUGAAAUUCAGAUGAGCUCUAACACCGGAGCCAUAUUUGGGAAGCCUCAAAUGUUGCGUCCAGGAGAGAGGGAUAAUAAUAUCAGCCCAGUACGUCCUCAACCAGAUCUCAGCCAGCGCAUUUAUCUUUAUGAAGGACUUUUGGGAAGAGAUAAGGGCUCCGUCUGGGAUCAGCUUGAAGAUGCAGCCAUGGAAACCUUCUCACUGAGUAAGGAACGAUCCACUCUAUGGGACCAGAUGCAGUUUUGGGAAGAUGCUUUCCUUGAUGCAGUCAUGUUGGAGAGGGAAGGAAUGGGCAUGGACCAAGGACCUCAGGAGAUGAUAGACAGAUAUUUCUCUCUUGUGGAACAUGACCGGAAGAGACUUGAGGAUGAUGAAGAUCGGCUUUUAGCAACUCUUCUGCACAACAUGGUGGCUUUUAUGGUGAUGAUGAAGGUUAAUAAGACUGAGCUACGGAGGAAAGUACGGCGUCUAAUGGGGAAAUGCCAUAUUGGGUUGGUGCACAGCCAGCUGAUUAAUGAGCUACUUGAUAAAGUGGUGGAUGUGAAUGGUCGUGAAAUCCACAUUCGUCCAAGCGGCAGCCGUCACAUCAAGAAGCAAACAUUUGUGGUGCAUGCUGGAACCGACACCAACGGUGACCUUUUCUUUAUGGAGGUUUGCGACGAUUGCAUUGUACUCCGCAGUAACAUUGGUGCAGUCUAUGAACGCUGGUGGUACGAAAAACUCAUUAAUAUGACUUAUUGCCCCAAGACCAAAGUCCUUUGUUUGUGGAGGAGAAAUGGACAAGAGACACAGCUCAACAAAUUCUUCACAAAAAAGUGUAGAGAAUUGUAUUAUUGCGUGAAAGAAAGCAUGGAACGGGCUGCCGCCAGACAGCAGAGUAUCAAACCAGGCCCAGAGCUUGGUGGAGAGUUCCCUGUUCAGGACAUGAAGACCGGAGAAGGGGGGCUUCUACAAGUCACCCUAGAAGGAAUUAACCUGAAAUUCAUGCACAGUCAGGUUUUCAUACAGCUGAAUCACAUAAAAAAGUGUAACACUGUACGGGGCGUCUUUGUCCUAGAAGAAUUUGUUCCUGAAACUAAAGAAGUGGUGAACCACAAAUACAAGACACCGAUGGCCCACGAGAUCUGCUAUUCCGUGCUGUGUCUCUUCUCGUAUGUGGCUGCUGUAAGAGGCAAGGAAGCAGAAAUAAAGAGCAGGCCUCCUCGGCCUGUUUCCAGUUGACCUACACCCCUGUCUGGAAACACUCUGCACACAAUCCUCCUGUCUGCCACAUCUUCCUUGCAGCCGGCUCUCCUGACAGCUGCUAUUGGGUGUAUUGCUACAACAUUCCUUCCUGCAUACGGAGCCCAUGCAUAUACCCCUGAUUAACUAUAUGUGCUGUGGCUGCUUUGAAGAUGCCACCUUCCCCUGCUUGUGUGUCAUGUGCUUUGUGUGUUACUGGCUUUUCCAGGUUCAUUUGCCAUCUCUUGCUGCUUUUCUGCACCUACAUGCCAUUGUGUUUUUGUGUUAAUAUUGCGUACUGGUAGAAUAUGACCGUGUGACACUGCUUAAGUUUUCAGGGACCCCCACAAGCACAGUCUGAACACUGAACAGAACCUGCUUCAGAAAUCCUUACACUGCUAGAUGGGCCCUUAAUUAAAUUAUUGUUGGUUCUCUAGAAGUGAAAGUUUACGAAACACUGGAUGUUUGACCAUGAAGCAGUUUAGAAGCCCCAUGUUACAGCGUGUAAAUAUUCAAUGUGUUAACUGAUCCCCAUCCCCACCCUUUAUGAUGACCAAUGCAGCAAGUUGUAAAUAUUAAGCUAUUUCUUAUUUAUAGAAAUCUGUACAGUUCCUUGAAUGUGCAAUAAACUAGCAUUCUGAUGCUGA